AUGUACCAGCACGGAGAUCACGCCCGUACCACCUACUCGAACCAUGGCUUCACUGGCGACGGAAGUGGAGGUGUGGUGACGACAGUGCCGAGGCCCAUUUCUGAGGCGUCGCUGAGGUCAGUUCAUGUGCUGCCACGGGACUGGAUAGAUGGCCUAUAUGCCUGCAACCACGAUCGGCGAAGCUGUAAGUUGGCACGUUUCCAUGGCGAUGUGGAUGACAAGAGACUGGGAGCGGAAGAGGGUCAGACAAAGUGGGAUUGUCUGCGAGCAAAGGGAGGUGGACCCCAGCCAGUAUGA